CCGGCUGCACAAGCUUAUGCAUUUUUCAUAUCGUUUCCAUUAUCCUGCCGCUGACUGCAUGGUGAUGCAUGAAACAACGCGGUGCGUGCGCGUCCAACUUGGCUCUCCGUGCCUUUUUCGCGUGUGUGCGCGCGUCUCCCCCACUGUGCGCUACGCCUCCAUACUCGGGCAGCACGUCACGUGUCAGGGCUCCCGGGUCUGGGGCCAAGUUUCUUUUUCUUUUUUGUAUUUUUCUCCUUGCCUGUGUCAGAUCAUCCACGGAGCUUCAGCAGCACAGCGGCCAGCCGCACGGCACGACCCUCGCGCGCGCAUCCCCGCUCCACGCUGCGUAACCAACACCUCGGCGAGGAUGGACGGACGCGGAGGAUAAGACCACCGCCACUGGUUCUCCUCUUCCUCAAUCCCAGUGGUUUUGAACGGCUCUUGGAUUACCUUUGAUCCGUGGAAAGACAAAAGAAGUAAGGAGAGAGAGGUAGUUUUUUUUCGUUCACGAGGAGAGGGAAGAGAGGAGAGAAAGAAAGGAAGGGAAGGAAAGCUCCGGGUCGCGGAGAAAAGGCUGGGUGCGCUAGAAACACGCAAAGUCACGGAUCAUGCUUAUGGGAACUUCCGAUUCCGUCUCGAUAAGAGUGGCUCUGCCUGAUGCUCUAUCAUGACUGAUGGCGAGGGUAGAGCGCGCUUUCAGUACCCAGAGUGCCAGGAGGAGGAGGCGCAGGACGAGGUGAGGCUCGCCAUACCGACGCCCCGCAGGAAUGACGCCCCGGGUCACGACGUUGACCCCGGCGGGGGCCCUGAUGAAGAAGAGGGGGAGGACGAGGAGGGAGAGGUGGAUAGGUGGAGGAGGAGCAGCAGUGGUCGGGGAGAAAGAGUGGAUGGAUGGAGUCCUGAGCUUCAGGAGCACGAGGGGCAAGAGCCGGAGCUGGAGGUGGAAGUUGGACCAACGCUGGGAGUUCGCAUCAGGGAGCCUAUCCGUGAUCCGGACUGUGUCUCCGAGGAGGAGGAGCAGCAGCCGUACCCGGCCCUGGCGCCCGUGGCUUUCUUCUGCUUGAAACAAACAACGAGGCCUCGGAACUGGUGUCUUCGCGUCGUCUGUAACCCGUGGUUCGAGCACGUGUCCAUGCUGGUGAUCCUGCUCAACUGUGUGACUCUGGGCAUGUUCCGGCCCUGUGAAGACGUCACCUGCCAGUCGGAGUGGUGCCGCAUCCUACAGGUGUUGGACGACUGUAUCUUUGCUUUCUUCGCUGUGGAAAUGGUCAUCAAGAUGGUCGCCCUGGGAAUCUUUGGCCCCAAUUGUUACCUGGGUGACAAGUGGAACCAGCUUGACUUUGUCAUUGUCAUGGCAGGGGUGAUGGAGUACUCCCUGGACGGCCACAACGCCAGUCUGUCAGCCAUUCGUACCGUCCGAGUGCUCAGGCCACUGCGGGCAAUCAACAGAGUUCCAAGUAUGCGGAUCUUGGUGACACUGCUGUUGGACACUCUGCCCAUGUUAGGAAAUGUCCUUCUCCUCUGCUUCUUUGUCUUUUUCAUCUUCGGCAUUGUGGGAGUCCAGCUGUGGGCGGGACUUCUGCGCAACCGCUGCUUCCUGGGAGAGGAUAUAAUAACAAUGUACAACCUGUCCAUGAGUUCCUACUACAUGACCGAGGACGGUGAAGACAGCCCAUUUAUCUGCUCGGCUCCCCGUGAGAACGGGAUGCUGCGCUGCCACGAUGUGCCGCCCUUCUCAGAGGGCAGGGCCGAAUGUUCACUGGCGGCGCCACAUCAAAGUUCGGCUCUGAUUGGAUCAGCUCCUGUGGUGGGAGGGGCCAGUGUUAACGGCUGCGUUAACUGGAACCAGUACUAUAAUGUGUGUCGACAAGGAAACCACAACCCUCACAAGGGAGCUGUUAGCUUCGACAAUAUUGGUUACGCCUGGAUUGCCAUAUUCCAGGUCAUCACCCUGGAAGGAUGGGUUGAUAUCAUGUACUAUGUCAUGGAUGCACACUCCUUCUACAAUUUUAUAUAUUUUAUACUGCUCAUAAUUGUGGGCUCAUUCUUCAUGAUCAACUUGUGCCUCGUGGUCAUCGCCACCCAGUUCUCCGAGACAAAGCAGAGGGAGAACGCCCUGAUGAGGGAGCAGCGUGCGCGCUACAUGUCCAACGACUCGACGCUCGCCAGCUACAGCGAACCAGGCUCCUGCUAUGAGGAGAUGCUGCGCUACAUCAGUCACCUUUAUCGCAAGUUCACACGGCGGCUGCAGAGGAUAUACUCUGGGUGGCACAGUAAACGACGUAAAAAGGUGAAUCCCAAUGGCAGCGGCGGAGGCAGCAACGGUGGGGGUAAUGGACAUGGCCACGGUUCCAGCAGGGGCUGCGGCGGAUCAGGGCCAAACAGCGCAUUGUGGCUGAGGCCGAUCCAUAACCUUCUGCACAACCAUCAGCACCAGCACUGUCGCCACAGCAACGGGGGGCAGCACAUUAUCGGUGUGGGAACUGCUGAGCACAUGGAGAGAGAAGGAGGCAUUGGAGGAGGAGGAGGGGAAGAACUGGAGAUGGAUUCGCUUCCUGUCCGCAGAGGAAGUAACCAUGAAUACAACAGUGGUGGCGGCAGCGGCGGCCACUCAGAUGGCGUCACCCAUGGCAUGGGGGUCUUGCUUGGGCGGCUGAAUGGGGGAAUGAACUACCCGACCAUUCUCCCAUCUUUUGUGUGCAGCUACAGCAGCAAGACUCCUCCGCCUCACUCCCAGCAGUGCAGGCCCAGUCCGGAGCAGCACCCGCCGAAUCACCCAGUGUGUGAACACACAGAGACACUGAACAAGCUCUACCAGCUCAUGGGACAACACAGUCGCCAGAGGCUGCUGUACCAACUGGCGGGCGUGGUGCCCAGCCCUCUGCUCCUGGAGCUGCUCAGCUGCCCUCUGUGCGCCCGCAGCCUGGAGACCUUAGAGCUGGAACUGGGAGACCUGGACGGAGGUAGAGGAGACCCCGACGGACUGCACGACUUCCCCCAGGGAGGAGAUCUGAGAGGUGGAAGGGGUCGGAGCAGGCGGCGAGGGGUGGUGGAGUACAAAAACGGAGGGGUCCGGGCCUGGAUAAACUUCCGAGAUAAACUGAAGAGGAUCGUGGAGAGUAAAUACUUCAAUCGGGGGAUCAUGAUUGCUAUCCUGGUCAAUACUCUCAGCAUGGGGAUAGAGUACCACCAGCAGCCCGAGGAGUUGACUGAUGUGCUAGAGAUCAGUAACAUAGUCUUCACCAGCAUGUUUGUCUUGGAGAUGGGCUUCAUGCUGCUGGCUUUCGGCCUGUUUGGAUACAUCAGGAACCCGUACAACAUAUUCGAUAGCAUCAUCGUUAUCAUCAGCGUGUGGGAAAUCAUCGGCCAGGCAGACGGCGGGCUGUCAGUGCUGCGGACGUUCCGUCUGCUGCGGGUUCUGAAGCUGGUUCGCUUCCUGCCUGCCCUGAGGCGGCAGUUGGUCGUGCUGAUGAAAACCAUGGAUAAUGUGGCCACCUUCUGCAUGCUGCUGAUGCUUUUUAUCUUCACUUUCAGUAUACUGGGUAUGCAUCUGUUUGGGUGUAAAUUCAGUCUCCAAAUGGAGAACGGAGACACAAUCCCUGACCGCAAGAACUUUGACUCUCUGCUCUGGGCCAUUGUCACGGUUUUCCAGAUUCUCACCCAGGAGGACUGGAACGUGGUGUUGUAUAAUGGCAUGGCCUCUACCUCUCCGUGGGCAGCCCUCUACUUUGUCGCUCUCAUGACAUUCGGCAACUAUGUGCUCUUCAACUUGCUAGUGGCCAUCUUGGUUGAGGGCUUCCAGGCUGAGGGUGAUGCUAAUAGGUCGGAGUCAGAUGAUGAGAAGAAAUCGGACAACUUUGAGGAGGAUGAAAAGGUGGAACAGCUCAGAGACACAGAGCUGAAGAUGUACUCUCUGAUGAUGACAGCCAACGGCCACGUCGACCCUCGCGGCUCGAUGGCUCCUCCUAUAAUCAUGCGGACGGCAGCCACACCCAUGCCCACCCCGAAGAGCUCUCUGGGACCUGAGUCCAUCCUUGGGGAGGAGCUCAUGGGGAUGCCGCGAUAUGGCGAGGUGGGACUUGGAUUUCCUGAGACGGGAACUGGUCACGCAGAGUCUCGCCGUGGGAGCGCCACCUCCAUGGACCCCUUAGCUUAUGACCAGCAUUCGCUGAGCCUCUCAAGUCCCGGCCGCCGCUCCCCACUUUCACCCCGUGGGCCUGGCAGCUCCUGGGGAAGCCGCCGCUCCAGUUGGAACAGCCUGGGAAGAGCGCCGAGCCUCAAAAGGCGAGACACCAGUGGAGAGAGGGAGAGCCUGCUGUCCGGGGAGGGAGGAGAGGAAGAAUAUGGCGGGGAGGACAAGGGGGAGGCCGGGGGAAACAACAGACUGCGGCCGGGCUCCUUGGAGCUGCUGCAGGCAUCUACUCUCUUGCCUUCCAUCAUAGCGGAGUAUGGCGACUGUAAUGGGAGGACCCUGACUUAUGACACUAACAUGAGCUCAGACGCCAAGGAAGAUUCCUCGCCUGAAGACGAUAUGGACGAUGAUAGUUCCUUUUGCUUCUGGAUCAAGAAGGAGCUCCGCAACAUGAAGCCCCGCUGGUGCAAAGAGCACGAAGACUGGACUCUGUAUUUGUUUUCUCCAGAAAGCAUAUUCCGUGCCUGGUGCCAAAGUGUGAUCUCCCACAAAAUGUUCGACCAUGUGGUUCUAGUUUUCAUCUUCCUCAACUGCAUCACCAUUGCUCUGGAGAGGCCUGACAUACAGCCGCACAGCACGGAGCGAGUGUUUCUGGGUGUGUCCAACUACGUUUUCACUGUGAUCUUCCUUGCAGAAAUGGCCAUAAAGGUUGUAGCUCUCGGCUUCUGCUUCGGGAAGCAGAGCUACCUCCAGUCCAGCUGGAACGUCCUGGAUGGUUUGCUGGUGUUUGUGUCCCUGGUCGACAUUCUGGUCUCUCUGGCCUACACGGGCGGAAACAGGAUCCUGGGCAUCCUGCGAGUCCUGCGACUUCUGCGAACACUGCGUCCACUCAGGGUAAUCAGUCGAGCCCCGGGACUGAAGCUGGUUGUGGAGACUCUCAUCACCUCUCUCAGACCCAUCGGGAACAUUGUCCUUAUCUGCUGUGCUUUCUUCAUUGUCUUCGGCAUCUUGGGGGUUCAGCUAUUCAAAGGGAAGUUCUACCACUGUGAAGGUCUGGACACGAAAAAUGUCACCAACAAGUCAGACUGUCUGCAGGCAAAUUACCGCUGGAUCCGAAGGAAGUACAACUUUGAUAACCUGGUCCAGGCCCUGAUGUCCUUGUUCGUUCUGUCGUGUAAGGACGGCUGGGUUAACAUAAUGUACGAUGGGCUGGAUGCAGUGGGAGUGGACCAACAGCCUGUGAGAAACCACAACCCCUGGAUGCUGCUCUACUUCAUCUCCUUCCUGCUCAUCGUCAGCUUCUUCGUCCUCAACAUGUUUGUCGGCGUGGUGGUGGAGAACUUCCACAAGUGCCGGCAGGACCAGGAAGAGGAGGAGUCCCGCUUGCGGGAAGAGAAGAGGCAGAAGAUGAUAGAGAAAAAGCGCAGGAGUAAGGAGAAUGGAGGGGCUGAGGCCAAGCAGAGGCCUUACUAUGCAGACUACUCGCCCCUGCGUCUGUCCAUCCACACACUGUGUACCAGCCACUACCUGGACCUCUUCAUCACCUUCAUCAUCUGCAUCAACGUCUUCACCAUGAGCAUCGAGCACUACAAUCAACCGCAGUAUUUAGAGGAGGUCCUGAAGUACUGCAACUACGUGUUCACCUGCAUCUUCGUCAUCGAGGCCCUGCUCAAACUCGUGGCAUUUGGCAUACACAGGUUCUUCAAAGAAAGGUGGAAUCAGCUGGAUAUAGCCAUAGUGGCACUGUCCAUCAUGGGCAUCACCCUGGAGGAGCUGAAAAUGAACGCAGCACUGCCCAUAAACCCCACCAUCAUCAGAAUCAUGAGGGUGCUCAGAAUAGCAAGAGUACUAAAGCUUCUGAAGAUGGCCAAAGGGAUGAGAGCUCUGCUGGAUACUGUCAUGCAAGCACUGCCACAGGUGGGGAAUCUUGGUCUCCUCUUCAUGCUGCUCUUCUUCAUCUAUGCUGCCCUGGGAGUGGAGCUCUUUGGCAAACUGGAUUGCACAGAGGACAACCCGUGUGAGGGCUUGAGUCGUCACGCAACCUUUGAAAAUUUUGGGAUGGCCUUCCUCACACUGUUCCGCGUGUCCACCGGAGACAACUGGAAUGGGAUUAUGAAAGACACAUUAAGGGAGUGCCAUGCAGACGACCGCCACUGUCUCUCCUACCUGCCCUUGGUCUCUCCUAUUUACUUUGUAACCUUCGUGCUCAUGACCCAGUUUGUGCUGGUCAAUGUGGUGGUGGCUGUUUUGAUGAAACAUCUAGAGGAAAGCAACAAGGAGGCCAAAGAGGAUGCAGAGAUGGACGCAGAGAUCGCCUUGGAAAUGGCUAUGGAGAGGCAACGCAAACUGAGCACAACCUCCAACGGCAGCUCGGUGGAAGGAGCCUAUGUUGGGCCAUGUCCACAGUCACCUGGGCAGGAGGAAGAAGUCCAGUAUGAAGACCCGGACCUGCUGUCGACGAGGAAGAUGUCCGUAUCCAGGAUGCACUCUCUGCCUAACGACAGCUACAUGUUCCGACCUGUGCGACCCACCAGUGCUCCCUACCCUCUGGAGGAGGUGGACCUCAGUCCCCAGCACCAGCAUUCAGGCUCGGUGACGUCGGUUCGCUCACAGCCGUGUGAGAGUCGCGCUCUGCUGCAGGUGCCAGACGUUUCCCCCGUUCACCCCAGGCCACCUCCCACCUUCAUCCUGCCACGCAUCGCCCCGCCCACGCCCAGCCCCUCUCCCCGUGCCCUGCGCAGACAGGUGGCCGUUAAAGUGGAUUCGGUCGAGUCCCAGGUUUGCGAAAAACAGGAGCGGCCGAACCCCGCCCAUCUGCCUUCCCCGUCCCCUUCUCCCCUGCCCCCUCAUCCUUCCUCACCAUCUCCCAUUCCUCCCCCACCUCCUUCCUCCCCUUCAUCCCUCUCCCUCACACCCUGCUCACCCACUGCCGUCCCACUUCCUCCUGCUUCUCCCUCUCCUCUGCCUCCUCCGCCGUCUUCCCCCUCACUCCUUCUCCCGCCACCGCCCUCCCCCCGUCUCCCCCUGCGACCCCCCAGCCUUCGGAGACCCAGACCGCCCUCUGCCGCCUCCUUCUGCGACCCGGCCGAUGAGGAGGUGUAUCACAUCACCAUCUCAGCCCGCCACAGGCGGAGAGAUGAGGAGGGGCAGGAGAGCAGAGGGAAGGCCGGCCGCAGCCACUCCCUCUCCCCUUACACCUCCCCGUACUCUCUCGACUCCUCGCCCCCUCCUCCUCCCCCACUUCUGCCUUCCUCCUCGAAGAGCACACUCAGUCUGCUCCAGGCUGGAUUGAAGGACCGUGACUUUAGGAAGGGCCUUAGUGUCGUCAACCAGGGCUUUCUGGACAAGCCAUCAUCGUUGUCUGUUGGAUACCCUGACGACCAUCGCCGCCACUCCAUCGAGGUCUGCCUCCCACAGGCUGUCAUCGCCAGUGAUGACCUCCCCUUUACACAAGAGGCCAACGGGUCAGAGAGGGGCGGCAAGGCAUUUCCUGUGAGGGUGCAGUCGGUCGGGGGCGGCCACAGAAAGAAGAAGAUGAGUCCUCCCUGCAUAUCCAUCCACCCGCCCUCAGAGAAGGAACAACCCCAAGGCGCCUCUCCCCCAAAACUGGCUGACUGCAGCAUGAUGCUGAGACGCAGGACACCCUCCUAUGACUUGACCCCACACACACAGUCAAAAACGCACACCCAGGAUGUAUCGGCGGACGCACAGAUGCCCUCCCCGAUGCAUGCAGCACUAACACCCAUCCACUCACCACUGCAAGCACACUCGCCAACUCACACACUGACGCCCUCGCGGGGAUCUACUCCGACGCACGCUCAGUCGUACACUCCACCGCACCCACCCACGCCCACACAUCAACACAUCCCCAUCAGUCCGCACAUCUUCAUCCAGCCCCAUGCACCUCUCGUCCCAAACACUCUGCCUUUCGCACAGACACGCUCCCUCUCCCCGGCUGCAAGGCACCCGUCUCUCACGGGGGACUACAUCCCGCUCCCCCAGUUCACCUUCGACGAGCCACAGUCCAGGUACAUGAGUGGCCUGUCGGCUGGCCGGUCAGACGCUGACUCGGCCACCUGCUCUUCCCCUUUCGACAACAGACUGGGAAGUGGUGCAGGAUUCAGUGCAAAGAACCGGAGAACCGCCCAGUGAACAUUGAGCAUUGCCUUCAGGAAGUCAUUUAUUUUGUCCAAAAUUCUCUUGAGCUGGAUUGGUGCGGCCUUGGCUGACCUCAGCAGAGAUUGGGUGCUUCAAGGGGAAUGAGAGAAAGAAGUAUCCUGGGAGAGGUUUUUUUUUGUUUGAUGAACACUGAAAAGGUAUUGAUUACUCUUUCCAGAGAGACGCCGGUACCGCCCCGUCCUUGAAUAAUAUACAAUGGAUCCAUUAUCCUGAACCAAGCGUGAAGGACUUCGGCUCCACAGAGGCUGUACCAGUCAAACAUUACCUACUGUACGUGGUGUGUUUCGAACUAAUACUAAUAACACACCAGGACUUAAGCCACCUAACUCCGUAGCCAAAGUUUUUUUGACACACUGUCCCUCCCCAUGCAAGCCAAUCAGGAAGCAGCGUCUGGCUGAUAACCUCUGACCUUUACAGGAAGCGGUUUGUGAAAUGCGAGCAUGGGGGGGAAUUGUGGGAUAUGCAACUUCAGGUUUUCUACAGAAGUUCUGCUUGCCCCUCCUCUGUUCCUCGAUCACAUUGAUCAGAGCAGAAGUGUGUGUGUGUGUGUGUGUGUGUGUGUGUGUUUGUGUGUGCGUGUGCGUGUGUAAGUAAGAGUGUGUGCUGUGCGCGAGUAUUGUCAAAACUGUUGUCAUGGAAGUCGGCCAUGUUAUUCUUACGCCUGCAACGACAGAGAGGGGGAGCAGGGCAGAGCUGUAGUCUAUGUGUAUCUGUGCAGUGUAAAUAAAGGAAAAUACUGUAUUUGGUGAGAUUAAAGAUAGCUCUAUCCAUAUGCACAUAUUUUUAUAGAAAUCUAAAAUGUUUUUGCACACAAAUUUGAAUUUCAAGUUGCUUGUUUUUAUUUUUUCUCCCUCCGUUGUCCUCUCGUGAAUGUAUGUUUCUUUUUCGAAAAGAGAGAUAGCAGUAAAGAGGAUCAACCCUCUUCUCAACAGACUAGCUGUGGCAGAGGAGUGGGAUUUUAUUUUUCUAUGUAGAAAAAAAAAAGAGAACGAAGAGAACAGGGGUGUGAUGUGUUACUGUAGCUUCGUCUCUGAUUUCUAUGUACGUGGUGUCUAAAUAACGGUCUUAAGAUGUGGGCUCAGUGAUGCAAGCCAAGUCGAUUUGUGCAAAGGUCUUUAGGGUUAAUAGCCAAAGCUGUGUGCUGUCUUUCCACAAAUUCAAAUCUAAAUGUGCUCAUUACUCCGAAAGAAUGAAUCCAAGGAAAUGGAUUUGUGAGUUUAUGAGAGUCUCUUUUAUGCAACACAUGAAGAACUGACUGCACCUUGUUCUUAUUGGUCCUGAUGAAUCAUAAAAUAACACCUGAUGGCUGUAAGACCAUAUACAUCAUACAAGGGAAAUGCAGUUUAUUAUCAUAAAAAAAAAUAUGACAUGGCAUCACUGAGUCUCUUCUACCACUGUUUUCAAGCUGAAUCAGCUCUGAGACCACUUAGUGUUUCUGUACAUCUAAAGACAACCAAACUAACUUACUUACUAAAUAUGUGUAGCCAGAGUGCAAUAAUAUUAAUAUAUACUUGUGGUAAAUAUAGUGAAAUCUACACUAUACAAAAACAAACCACACUCUUGUGUUCGUACAUACUGUAGAACUACUAUAUAUGAUAUAAACCCAUUUUAUAUGAUGAUUUAAGAGUGCGUCUAUCUCUAGUGUCCAUGCCACCACGGGUUACUUGCCCCCCUGCGUGUGGGCUGCGGUGGCGUGGGUGUGGCUGGCUCCAGCGCAAGCUUUGUCCAAGAGCUCAGGCCCCCACCUGCUGACGGUUGUCAUCUCCCGAAGAGUGACAUGCGUCCCUGCUGAGGACUCAAAUAAGCCAAUGAAGAAAAAAAACCCGCCCCAACUGCGGACUCAUCAGAUCAGCGUCGGUGAAGAAGACAGCGUAUGUGUCUAGAACAUAUGGUGAAUGAUCCUAUCCACAGAUGAAGUCACGCAGCCCCUACAGGUGCGAGCGACCAAGUAUGGCGAGCAUCUCCCUUUCCGGUGGCUGGAUGGUCUCUUUUUACGAAGCCAUACUUUCUAUUAUUCAGGCACAGCACAAUAUGUGUUUCUGUUUUAGUGCACAGUGUAGUUUGGCACAGGCGCACAUAGAAGCGUGCGUGUAAGCCGCCGGUGCUGAAUUCCCGUUUUCGACGGCAGCUGGCUGGGUCGACGUCUCCACGAUUCAAAUGGUCUGAUCAGCAUGUAACGUGCACAAGUCCUCAGUAAUCUGAGUGUAAAACCAAAGUGCUCUGAUGCUGUGCCAUAACCACGCCAGGCUCUUGUUUUUAUUUUUCAAAUGAAAACGGACCCGUCUUUAUGGACAUUGCCCACCAAACCAACCGAAUUUAAAGUCUGUGCGAUUGACUAACUGGGCCACAAAGCGACGGCUUCGCAGGUCAGAGGGCAGAUGAUUUUUAUGUUCAUUUUUUGAAUACACAAUUUAUCUUGAAUCCUGCUAAAAAAGGCCAACUGGGUUUAUUGAUACCUGCAGAGGUCCUUGUCAAGAUAACAUCUAAAGAAAAGAUUAUUCUUGAUUAUUAUGAUCCGAUUAUGAGCCUCCUCCUACACUUUCAUUAGCUUCACAUCUCCCGAGCAUGUAGACAUCAAAAUGUUGAGAUCUUUAGGAGGGAAGCAGGAGAACUGAAGGGCACUAUUGCAUGUUAGGUUCAUUUUGCCACAUUUCCACACCUCUGACCCUGCAGCGCAGCCCUGCGAUUGGUCGGAUACAGUUCAGGUGAGGCGAUGAGAUGACAAAUGAAGUGAAAUGAAUGUCGGCGUCUUGCAAAGACAGAUUGAAACGCUCUAGGACAAUGAGAUCGCACAUUGGAAGCAUUGCCACUGUACGACCAUCAGCUUGCUGAUCUCUUGAGAGCACUCCUCUUACAGUUCUUCUGACAUACAGAGGCACAUCUGAGAUGACGUCCUCCCUCCUGAACUUGGCACAGUUGCUCUGGUCCCCCGCCCCCCACCCCCGGUUUGAAAAUCACUUUUAUACAGUAUGUGCUUGAACACACUGUUAUUGUGCAACUGCUUUGUCCUGUUUCAUGUCCUCUUCCUGCACAGGUCGUCAGUGAGGGGAAGUUUUAAGUAGUCCACAAUAAUCAAUACAGUUUGGUAGAGUGACUGCAUAUUUGUUCUUACGAUUUACAGAUCUUUGGAUCUCCGUAUUUAAAUCCUGUUUUUGAGGAAGCAGUUUUGACUGUUGCAUGUUCAGAUUUAAGGAAAAAAAAAAAAAACUCUUUUGGGAAAGAAUCCUGUGGAUGUUUUAGAGAUUUUGAUAUUUGCAUUUUCAGAUGUUUCCAUUUGUAGAUUGACUACCUAAUUGCACUGGGCUCUGAUUAAUUGGUAUCUGUUGAAAUACUGAUUGAAUGACCCCAUUCUUUAUUGUCCAAUGCAAUACUGGUUGGUUAUUUACUGUAUGAGGACACGGCUCCUCUUUAUACAGUUUUAUAGAGAGAAGUGGAAACCUAUAGUUGGUUCUGUUUUGUUUGGGACCAAUGUUAUUUCAUGUGGAGGUGAACCUUUUUGUUCACAUCCUCUAAACACGGUAGAACUCUGGUGAUGGGGAAACGAAUUAACUGAUGUAUAUUUUAUGUAGGAGUAGCCUUGGCCGUGACACAUCAGGAUAGUAAUACGUUGUAUUCUCCCGGUUGUCACUCUGAGCUGAAAAACAGACCACAACAAGUGUUACCACAGCAGCGGAUCCAGAAGUUCAAACUGUGAUAGAACUCGAAUUUGAUGAAUCGGAAGCCUUCUGUUUGUUUUCUUUCUUUCUUUCUUUCUUUCUUUUCUUUUUUAAAUAACCCUUCAGUGAUUGGCCCAGGCGGCUCCCCCCCCCCCCCCCCCCCCCCCCCGAAACCCCCCCCACAAGCCUUACAAGGAGGGGAUGAGGUGUGUUCUGUUUGUCAGAGGAGAGCCAACGUGUCUGCAAUAAUAAGCCCUCCAAUAUUCCCCCCUGCCGGAGGGAGAGCGGAGGGGACGGGAGGGGUUUAAAGGCUUGACACACAGUCCGACUCUCUGCAUUGUAUCGUUGCUGAUUAUUGUGUGAUGACCAACUGUUGUCCUGAAGGAUGUUUCCCUGUCAAUUAAAAAAAAAAAAAAAAAGA